AUGGAAUUUGAACCAAAAGAGUUGAAGUUGCGCACUGAAGAUGCAAUGAAUUCUAAAAAAGCAGCCGUUGAGGAAGGAAUUGUUCCAGGUGGUGGUGUUGCCUUUCCUAAUUCGAUUGAUAUUGUUAAUUCGCUAAGUUCUACUGAUAAAUAUUUAGCAACUGGUCAUCGCGCGACGCCCUGGGUGCUCCAUUUCGACAAAUUAUCAUUAAUGCCGGUUUGA